UGUCUCUGGUCGGGAAGUGCUCCUCCAGCAGCAUCAGCACCACAGCGCUCCUGGAUGCUGCGCUGGAGUAUGCACGCAUGCGCACCACAGUGGAAUUACUGCACAGCGCGCUCUAAGUUGGAUCUUCUCUGUCUUCACGGAAACCAGAAAACAUAUAAAAGUAUGGCGAUCUUUAGAAUAAGACAAAAGAGCUUCGUGCGCGUCUGGACGUUUACCGUGAUAGUGGCCGUAGUGUGUGCGCAAAGUGUCAAUGAUCCAAGCAAUAUGUCCAUCGUAAAAGAAACUGUUGACAGACUACUGAAAGGAUAUGACAUUCGCUUGAGGCCAGAUUUUGGAGGUCCUCCGGUGGGAGUGGGGAUGAAUAUAGACAUAGCCAGCAUAGACAUGGUCUCAGAAGUGAAUAUGGACUACACGCUGACUAUGUAUUUCCAGCAAGCCUGGCGAGACAAGCGUCUGUCCUAUUCUGAGAUUCCUCUUAACCUGACGCUGGAUAACCGGGUAGCCGAUCAGUUGUGGGUGCCGGACACGUACUUCCUAAACGACAAGAAGUCGUUUGUACAUGGUGUAACAGUGAAGAACAGAAUGAUUCGUCUCCAUCCAGACGGCACUGUGCUUUAUGGGCUCAGGAUUACGACCACAGCCGCCUGCAUGAUGGACUUGCGCAGAUACCCGCUUGAUGAGCAGAACUGCACGCUGGAAAUCGAGAGCUACGGCUACACCACAGAUGAUAUUGAGUUUUACUGGCGAGGAGGUGACCAUGCAGUAACGGGGGUUGAAAGGAUAGAGCUCCCUCAGUUCUCCAUAGUGGACUACAAACUCAUCUCUAAAAACGUGGUGUUUUCUACAGGUUCAUAUCCUCGCCUCUCCCUGAGCUUCAAGCUUAAGAGAAACAUUGGCUACUUCAUUCUGCAGACAUACAUGCCUUCCAUCCUAAUCACCAUCCUGUCCUGGGUAUCCUUCUGGAUCAACUAUGAUGCCUCGGCUGCCAGGGUUGCUUUAGGUAUCACCACUGUGCUGACCAUGACCACCAUCAACACACAUUUGCGAGAGACGCUUCCAAAGAUCCCGUAUGUCAAAGCCAUUGACAUGUACCUGAUGGGCUGUUUCGUCUUUGUCUUCCUGGCUCUGCUGGAGUAUGCACUGGUCAACUACAUCUUCUUCGGCAGGGGACCGCAGCGGCAGAAGAAAGCUGCAGAGAAAGCCUCCACAGCCAACAAUGAAAAAAUGAGAAUGGAACCCAACAAAUGGUUGGUGGGAAAUGUAGUUCAGAGAGACGAUGCUCUAUAUGCCAGAAUGAAACAGAGGGAUAUUGACGCGCAUGACUCCAUGUGGGAACCGAUCUUUGUGGAUGAUGCAGCAUUAGGACUAGGCGAUUCAAAAAAUAAGAUGGACCCCCAUGAAAACAUUCUUCUCAGUCCUCUGGAGAUCAAGAAUGAAAUAGGCACAUCGGAGUUGACCCUGGGUCUGGGUGACCCCCGUGCAACCAUGCUAGCCUUCGACAGCACCUCGCUGCAGUAUCGCAAAGCCGGCCUGGCCAGACACAACUUUGGACGCAAUGCGCUGGAACGCCACGUGGCUCAGAAGAAGAGCCGGCUACGGCGGCGCACUUCCCAGCUUAAAAUCACCAUCCCUGACUUAACUGACGUCAAUUCAAUCGACAAGUGGUCGAGAAUGAUCUUCCCCACCGUAUUUUCCUUCUUCAACGUCGUCUAUUGGCUUUAUUAUAUCAACUAACUGGAUAUUGGGGCUGUCUGAGAAGCGCCACUUAUUUUUAUGUCAGUAUACUCUUCCGUCUGAUUUUGCAAUACAAGCAGGACUUACAGUAUGAUGACAAAUUCCAAUCAGGACUAACUCUCUUUGACCUUGGGUUCACCUUAAUUGCUGGCUGACACUGAUCCUCUAAAGAGGUUAAGAACAAAUGGUGCCUGCUCCAAAAUUCAAUAGUUUUUAAUUCAUUUGAAGGUGUUGUUCAGAGUUUGGUUUGCUAGAUUUAUUUGUUUGUUUUAUGAUUUCUUUUAGAGCAAGAUGCAUUUGUUUUGUUGCCAAAUUAUCAAAACAGUUACUGCCACAAAUUAUCUUUAUACCAACAGAAAAAUCGACGAAAAUUAGACGUCUAGUGUCCUUUCCCCUUUUAAACAUUUCUAAAAGAGCAGCACUCGAUAAUUUAAUAUUUAUAUACCUUUAUUUGUAAUCUUUCUCUUUUUUUCACAGUCUAUUGAGUGAAGAGACAAUAUGAAUAGUUUUAACACAAGGCUGUAUUUUCUACUUCUCUACUCACAGAUGAUAGUUUAUUUAUCCAAGAGAAUUUAUUAUACACUUUUAUGUAACCUCAUUUAUUUUGAUAAAACUUGUCACUCAAAUAAUCUAAAUUAUAUUCUCACCUUAACCUUCUCACAUUUCCACUAUGCUUGUAUUGAGUUUAAUUUCGAUAUCCAGCAUGCCAUGGAAAUUGAAGGCAUUAUUACUAAUAACACAAACUCAGUUUUUAUAGUUCUCAUAAGUUUAAUUUGUUAUUCAGCUAAUCUGUACAUUAGGACUCCCACUCAUUUUAGCAUUCCCAUGAGCACUUGAGCUAUAAAUGCCAUGUGAAUGAUUGGCAUUCAGCAGUAAAUCGCAAUGCUUAUUGGCUGAUAGCAGCAGAGGAACAUGCACAGUCCCAAGCCUUCGAUAAGCAGCGAUAAUCCUGAAAAAAAAGAGAGAAAAAAAAAAAAAAAACUUGGCACUGGCAAAACAAAUAUUUGCCAUUUCAUAACAUUAUAUGCCUACUUUCGAAUAGCCAUCACUGGAGAAAUAUGCAUUUUGUUUAUACAAUGGUACAAUGAUAUAGUUACAUCUACCAGCAUGGGUUAACCAGAUGCUGACCAGACAAACUUUGACAUCUUGUGUGUAGCCUCAACCUGUCCUCACUCCAGCCCAAAAACUGACUCAUGGUCAAGCACCCUGCACAUCACUAUUAAAACACUAAAGGUUUCCAAUGCCAUCGCUAUAUAGACAAACUACUGCAGGAACACCAUUGCUUUUAAUGAGAAUCCUGUGAUGGGAAUUAAAUUAUGAAAUUAUAUUUUGUUGCAUUUUUUUUUUUAUUAUUAUGACAAAUGUUAUUAUUAUUAUUAUUAUUUUCAGUUUAAACCCAAAUUAUGGUUAAAUACUUUAUUUUACAUUACAUGUACUUACCCAAGAAAGUACUGGUAGUAUAAGGAAGCUGUGUGGAUUAAGGUUAGGUUUAGGGGUCGGUUCAUGGUUAGUACCCUGUAAUUACUAUAAUAAGUACAUGUACAUGUGGAACAUGAUUUCUUUUACAUUACAUUACAUUUAGACAUUUUUGAGCACCUAACUCCACAUCUACCCAACAAACAUAACCAUCUUGCAAUAUAAAACAAUGUAAACACACUAUAUGACCAGAGUAUAUAUACAAACAUUUGUUCAAGAAUGAUAAAUAAUCAAAUAAUCGUUUUCAAGGCAAAACGAUUGCUUUGUGUGAGGAACAGACCCAGAGCUGAUCACUGUCUCCAUUCGCCACAAUGCUCACAUAUUGCAUGCUCAAAAAUAUCUGUCAACGUAUAUUAUAUUAUAUUAUAUUAUAUUAUAUUAUAUUAUAUUAUAAUUUCUACUUUUACAGAUGUAUGCAAAGUUUUAGAUGCAUAUUCCAUUUGGGUCCUACUUUAUAUUAAGGGUCUUUAAAUAAUAUGUACCCUACUUACCACCAAAAAAAACUAUUUAUUGCUACAAUUUAUUUGAUUUAUUGGUACAAUGUACUUAUGUGUUCAUGUUUGUGUAGCAAAACACAUUUGCUGCUUUGAGGUCUGUUAAGGUUAGGGGCAGGUUUGGAGUUAGAUUUUUGGGUGGGUGGGUUAAUUAUAUAAUGCAACUACAUAAAUUAAUUAUACAUGUCUCUACAUACUUUAAAAAAAAAAAAAAAAAAAAUAUAUAUAUAUAUAUAUAUAUAUAUAUAUAUAUAUAUAUAUAUAAACAUGUAUGUAUAUAAUAAGUACAUUGUAUCUAUUAAUCUGUUUUUUUUUUUUUGUAUCUAUUGUACCCCUUUGUUUUCUUUUGCUUUUUUUUUUUUUUUUUUAGUUUUUGACGUUUUGUGUGAGAACAGGUUGGUAUUCAGGCUACUAACAUUUAGGAAAGAGUCUGGUCCACAAAGUUUAUUCUGCCCAAGCAUUACAUGCUGACACUGAAAGAGAAUGACAUGUGAGGAUGACAUCUGAAUUAUGUCAUCUGAAUUAUAUUAUAUUUCAACUAUCCAAUAACACAUUAUUGUUACACAUAUAACGCACACACACACAAAACAAAAAACAAAACAAAGCAGAUGAUACAGUUACACUGGAAGAUGUCUAAUUGAGCUGCUGCUAACUGCCUCAGACAAAGUAUUUAUCUUCAGAUUCAAUACUUAGAACCUCUCAAUCUUUGGUCAAUUCAGCAAAUAUAUAUAUAUUACAAGUAUUUCUCCUGAUAAUCUUGUAUAAUCUGAUAACACUACUUCAAACAGUCUGUGCCGUCUGCAUGCAGUCUAAGGCUGAGACUAAGAUUCAACUCUAUUAUUUCUUUCUUUCUUUCUUUCUCUUUCUUUCUUUCUUUCUUUCUUUCUUUCUUUCUUUCUUUCUUUCUUUCUAUCUCUCGAUAUAGGCGCUUUACACAUCUUGAAGCAUUGCUCAUUUUCAUACUGAUUUUGUUUGAAAAAGCCAGCAGUUAAGGAAUCUCUUGGCUUCCUCAAUGUAAAAGAGUUCACAAAAAUGAAGGCAUUCCUUUGUGUUAUGUACUGUAAAUAUCUCUUGUAUAGGAUUGUUAAAAAUGCUCUUUGUAUUCAGAAGAAGAGAGUAGCUCUGUGUUUACAUUUGAAAUGAAUUGAAAACAGUGAAUUAUUGAGAUGGUGGAGAGGCUCGUGGUGCAGAACCAAUAUUGCAAUCUUAUCCUGAAACAUGAUGAAAUCCAUCUAAAAGAGUGGGUCAGAGCUCAGCAUCCUCCUCCAGUGAGAAGGGCAUAUGAAAAUAGUUUAGCUUAACAAUGCUUGAAGAAAUAUAUAAAAGCACAAUACUGACCAGAUUUACACAAGGAGGGUAUACAGUAUACACGUCUUUAUUUAUACAUUUACUUUUCAUUACAUGAAGAAUUGAAGAAUGAUUUUCUUUCUUCUUUUUUAAAUGGUAUAGUGCAUCUGUCAUAAUCAUUUAUGAAUUUGUGUAAUCCUGAUGGACCUGCAUGUAAGACAUUUUCCAUCAAGGUCUGCAGCUGUAUUUUUAUCAGCAGUCACAGAGGAAAAAAUAACAAUACGUAUCAUGCUCACCAAGAUUUCUUUGUAGUUUGGCAUUUUAUUUCUCAAUAUAUCAAUAAUCUAUGUUUUCUGUACUUUUAUUUUUAGUUGAAAACACAACAGGGUUGAAACAACACAGAAUAAGUUAAAAGCUCAAGGACGUGAUGAUUUACAUUGACUUAAUAUGAUUUUAUCAUCUUAUCUACCAACUCCUUCAGUGAUCAGUAAUAACUAAAUAUUGAAUGAUCUGAGACAUUAUUCAUAACCAGGAAACUGUGGACUUGAAAGCAUGCCAGAAAUCAAGCAACUCAUAUUUAUUACUCAUGUUUAUUCAUGCAUCCCUCACAUCUGUACUGCAUGCAAAACUGGUACCAAUCAUUCAACAAAUAUUUUCAUAUUCAUAUAGCUAAAUCAAUUCAACAAGAGUUCAGAAGGAACUAGAAAUAAAUUAGUAGUAUUUUACUAUAUGAAGAGAUGAAAUAUAAUAUGAUAAAAAGCAUAGCUUCUGGACUCAAGGAUCAGAAAUGUGUGAAUGCAUUUAAUUACCAGCCUGUGGACAGUUGAAUAGGUUAUUAAUAGUGAUUGUAUAUUCAUAAUGAUGUUGAUUAUGUAACAAUUAAGUGUAACAAUGUGAUAUUUUCUGCUGUUCAUUUGCACAAGAUUAAUAACAAAACAUCAAAGCAAUUCAUAUCAAUCACAUAUAUUCAUAUGUGCAGAAAUGUUUUUCUUUUUGAUUCUUUAAAAGUUGUUACAAAAAUGUUUUUAGAUUCUGAUUCGGUUGAUUUCAUCUCAGCUCUAGAAGAUAUCUCGAUGGUGUACAUUGUUUAAGGAAAUGAUGAAAGGAGAACUUGGGCAUUAGGGCUUAUUUUAUUGUAUUCCAAAAAAAAUAAUUAAUAAAUUAAUAAAAAAAAAGAAAAACAAAUACAAUAAAAAUCUAGAUGUAAAUAUCAAUUAAGGUACUAAACAUCCAAUUGGAGCUGGGUGUUCGUGUAAAUACAGAAUACUUUCUAACAGUGUGUAAUGUAAUAUUUCUAAACUUUCUGGUUUGUACUUUACUCGUUAAUGCAAAGGUUACAAAGCAAUGUUAUGAAAAAAUACUUGGUGACAAAUCAAUAAUGUAAAUAAUUUAAAACUUGCCACUUGCUCUCCUUAGUAAACAAUUAUUAUUAUUAUUAUUAUUAUUAUUAUUAUUAUUAUUAUUAUUAUUAUUAUUAUUAUUAUUAAUAUUCCUAUUUUUUUCUUUUAGGACUUGCAUAUAGUCUAUUAGGGAAAGAAUGUUCUCAUUAUAAGUCAAUACCCAACUAUAUAUAGUCCCUUCUCUUUCUGUUGUUCUUUAUCUAAAACACACUGCCAUACUAAAAAGUUCUACAAUGGUUUCAAUUUUUUUCCCCCUUUUGUUUUAUUUUGUAAUUAUAUUUUCCAUCUCAGGUCCUAAAAAUGACUGGAUGCCAUAAUUAGGCCUUUUUAGCUGUUUUAACAGAAUAUUCUGUAUGAUUGUGUGUGUGGGAGACAGGGAUGCAGAAACAAUAGAAAUGGUUUACGAUUGUGUGUGAGCACUAGUUUCUGAGAGCUAGAGAAAAUGCAAGCGCUUGGUAACUGCUUUGCUUUUGGUUUGUGCCUCUCAUUCUUUUAUUUGACUUUUUAUCUAAUUGCUUUUUAUAUAUUUGUAAUACUCCAACAAAAGCAGAAAGUCAUUUAGGAAUGAUGGAGUAAAGAUGGCAAACUGAGAGUGUGUUUUUGCACAUGUUCACAGAUUAAGCCUUAGCUUCUGUUCACAGAGGAGACGCACCGAUAUCUCACAACAUCAGAAAACAGCAAACCCUCUCUGACGCCAAGCAGAGGGUCAGCAGAUGCAUAUGGACUGACAGGAAAAAUUCUUGUUAUAAUCUUUGAAAAUCUAUGAACCCUCAAUAAAUACUGUAUAAAACUCUAAAAGCUGUCAGAUUCUCAGUUUAUGAUGCUUUUAUUUUCUUGUGUAAUCUUCCUUUUCUGAACUUCACAGAAAUUCAUGUCCUCAAGCCAGCCUCACACAUUCAGCCUCCCACAUACACAGCCAACAUUGCUGGUCUGAAUCCGAUGUUAUUAAAGAAAGAAAGAAAGAAAGAAAGAAAGAAAGAAAGAAAGAAAGAAAGAAAGAAAGAAAGAAAGAAAGAAAGAAAGAGAAAAGUCAAUUCAGUCAGUUGUGUGUUUACCAUCUGAGGUUCUUAUAAUAUGUGCUACACUCAAAUCUCAUUUUCCAAAAUUGAAAAUAUCAAUACACCAAUAAAGAAACGAUUGGGAAAU